AUGUUUGCCAGAAGAUUCGCACAAAAAGCUCCAGGAAUGGUCCCAAUGAUGGCCAAGAGAACCAAGGUCACUUUGCCAGACUUGGACUGGGACUUCGGUGCCUUGGAGCCUCACAUCGCGGCCAAAAUCAAUGAGCUUCACUACACCAAGCACCACCAAACCUACGUGAACGGGUUCAACGCCGCUUCCGAACAAUUUGGCGAUUUGGAAUGCAAAUUGACUGGCGAUCCCCAGCAGGACGUGGCCGUCGUUAAGCAACUCGUUGCUUUGCAGCAGAACAUCAAAUUCCACGGUGGUGGGUUCACCAACCACUGUUUGUUCUGGAAAAACUUGGCUCCUCCUUCCCAGGGAGGAGGUGAAGCUCCAGCAGGCUCUUUGGCCAAGCAAAUCGAAUCUCAGUUUGGAUCUUUGGACAACUUGAUCUCCCAGACUAACACCAAGCUUGCCGGCAUUCAGGGCUCCGGUUGGGCCUUCAUUGUCAAAAACGCCGAGAACGGCGGCCAAAUUGAAGUGGUUCAGACCUACAACCAGGAUACCGUUACUGGUCCUUUGAAGCCACUCGUGGCUAUCGACGCAUGGGAGCACGCUUACUACUUGCAGUACCAGAACCGCAAAGCCGACUACUUCAAGGCCAUCUGGAACGUCAUCAACUGGAAAGAGGCAGAGAAGAGAUUCGAGGCCUAA